AUCUUUGGGGAGUUGGCCUGGCAGACGGAGCGCCAGAUCGAGCAGCAGAUCCAAGUGAACCUGUGGGGGCCGCUGCGCGUGACGCAUGCGCUGUGCGGGCUGCUGCGCGAGCACGCUGCGCGCGUGGUGACGGUGAGCAGCCACUGCGCGCUGGAGGCGCUGCCCGGGCUGGCGCCCUACGCGGCCACCAAGGCGGCGCUAGAGGCGUGGAGCGCGGCGCUGCGCGUGGAGCAGGCGAGGCACGGCGUGCGCGUCGUCACGCUCGUGCCGGGCAGCUUCAGCACGAGCAGCAACAUCAUGGCUCGCCACGAGGAGCACGCGCGCGAGAUGGAGCGGCAGCUGCGCCGAGAGCGGCCGCGCGACUGGGCCUACUACGAAGACCACUUCCGCGCCUUCCACCGCUACCUGCAGGCGCUGGCGGGCGACAAGGGCGUCGCCGAGAUCCGCGACCCGCGCCUCUACUUCAAGUACGAGUGCUGCCUGCUCGCCCUGUGGCCCAAGCAGCAGUACGUGAACGCGCCCGUCCGCUACAACGUGUACCACACGGCCAUGCGGCUGGCGCCCCGCUGCGUCAGGGACCGCCUCGUCACCGCCUUCGUGCAUCUGCCGGCCUUCCAGGGUAAAGCAGCGUAGGGGGCUUUGGCGCGUUGCGAAAUGGCGCGGAAUGGGACGAGCGUGUAGAGCGCUCGCCACGUGGGGCGUCGCCUAGUUGUUCGGGCAUGGCCGAGGUACGUGCGUGUCUUUCCUCCAUAGGCAGGCGCUUUGAACACGAAACGAGACUGAUGGAAUUACUUACAGGAGCUGCUACUUAGUGGUUACCCAAAGUUUGUUAGGUUAGAUUGAAUUUCCGUACCUUUUGUAUUUUCAUAAAAAGAAGUUGUAUAUGAUGGAAAUAAUUAAAAUGAAUUCACUCUUUUCAUGUUUAAAAAAACAAAUAUUAUGAAUACUCUAUUGAGAAGAGUUAAUUUUUAUAUUGAAAAGAGGAAUUUAUGUUAAAGAAGUAUGUUUCAUUUGAUGUUUAUUUUAGUACAUAUUUAUGAAAAUGGAAUUUCAAACUAAAAUAGAACAUGCGAGGAAUUUUUGUAAUUGUACUUUUGGACUAAAAUGAAGCAUGAGAACACAUAAAAACUUUGGAAAAAGUAGUGUGUUUAAAAAUGAAGGGCAUAAAAAAUGAAAUUCUAUAUCGCCCUGGUUCUCGUAAAAUCUUUAUUGGUAAGUAGUAAGGUGUUUCGUCGUCCUUAGAUGCGUCGAAGACCAAGAAAAAUAAUUACACUCUAAUAUUAGUCUGUUCGUGCACCCUUGAACGUUAUCACUACCUUCUGCGCAUGAGCAGUCUAUUGCUCAUCACUUUAGCGCAUCUGCGCAUGCGCAGAAGAUCGAUAGUGCUUUAACGUUCGAGGAUGCACAAACUCCCCAUCAGUUAUGAAGUUGUCGAGAAAUAAUAAAACGAGAUUGCAAAGGAAUUGGUGAUAUCUGCUGAUCGAAUCGAAUCGAAUCGAAUCGAAUCGAAUCGAAUCGAGAGCUCACUGCGACGUGCACGAGAGUUCGCGGUGACUGUAAAGGCCCAAUCACAAUGCAAACAUGAACAUAAGCAAGGCGUUAACAUAAAAGUUAGGACUACGUCCAUAAGCGGACUU